AUGAAAUUCUUACUUGUGCUGCCUUUUCUGGCUGCCCUGGCUUCGGUCAAUAUAGCCUUCGAGCGUAACCAGCGGAUUAUCGGAAGUGAACUUGCGACUUCUGGGCAGUUUCCUUACGCAGUUGGUAUUAUUACGCAGAUAAACCCCCUCUUCAAUGGCCGGUGCUCAGGAUCACUACUGUCGACGAGCUAUAUACUCACUUCGGCUGCCUGUCUUAUGGGUAUUGUAAGUGCUGUCGCUGUCCUGGGAGCUCUUCGCAUUAACGACCCUACAGAACCAGAAACGCUGCGUGUAACCGUGAGGCAAUUCAUCAGACACAGCGGCUAUGAGUUGGAUGGAGAAAAUUUUGAUAUCGCUUUAAUCGUUUUACCGUCGGCAAUCACAUUCACGGAUAAAAUUCAACCCAUUCGUUUACCAAAUCGUCAGAAAACUGAAGAUGCGCUAGUUGGACAACAGGGUACCUUUGUAGGUUGGGGAGAAUUCGGUGAAGGAAACGUGCUGUCUCCCGAUCUUCGUUUUGGUAGAGCUCCAGUUAUCACUAACAUGGCUUGCACGGUUAGUUUACCGACGCGCACCAUUCUCGAUGAGCAUAUUUGUACGUCCGGUUUUAACGAUACGGACAGCCAAAGUUCCCCGUGUCGGGGGGAUAGUGGUGCUCCACUGACUGUCCUCGGAGAGGAUGGCAUCCCUACACAGAUUGGUCUCUUUACGUUUCACUCCAGCUUUGGUUGUAUCACCCGACUUCCGGCCGUUUUUACACGUUUGUCUUCCUAUCUGGACUGGAUUGAAGAGAAUUCGGACGUUGAAGUUGGAGCUGGUUUCUGA